CAGAUACUUUUUGGCGCUCGCCUUGAACGGAUGUGUUUUUCGUGUGUCGUCUUUUCUAUUAGUGAAAACAAAUAACAACGUAUUGUAAACAAUAAAUACGCUCUCUCUCACUCGCACUCUCUGGUAUUGUGACAAGUGUUAAGAUUUUGGCGACAGUCUGUUAUCAACGUGUUAUCAAUAAAUACAACAAUAAAAUCUAGCAGCAGCAUGACGGAGGGCAAAAACGUACCCAAUUCGAGUGCCGAUGUUCCCUUCCGGAGCAAGGAGCAACGCAAGCAAUCCCUAAUCCAACACACAGGCCUCGUGGGGGUUAUCGAUGAGGGCACCAAGACGAUUGGUUUCUCGAUAUAUACGACGCCCGAUUUCAAGGAGAUCGCCGCCCAUCGUGUCGAGCUGAGCGUAAUAACGCCCCAGGAUGGGUGGUACGAACAAGACCCCAUGGAGAUGAUGGCAUCGAUUAAUAAGUGUGCCGUCGAGGCCAUUAAACAGCUGCCCGAGCAGGGCUACAGUGCCAGUGAUAUUGCCACAGUGGGCAUUACCAAUCAGCGGGAGACGACCAUCGUCUGGGAUGCGGUGACGGGGAAGCCUCUGUACAAUGCCAUCGUUUGGAAGGACAUACGGACCAGCAGCACCGUCGAACAGAUCGUGGCCAAGGUUCACGAUGCGAACCACUUCAAACAGAGCACGGGGUUGCCCAUCUCCACAUAUUUCUCGGCGCUGAAGAUUCGCUGGCUCAAAGACAAUGUGCCCGAGGUGCGGCAAGCGUGUCGCGAGAAACGCUGCAAAGCAGGCACUGUGGACAGCUGGAUCGUCUGGAAUCUGACCAAUGGUGCUCUCCACAUCACGGAUGUAACAAAUGCGUCGCGUACGCUACUCAUGAACCUGGAGACGCUCAACUGGGAUCCGGUCCUGCUCAAGACCUUUGCCAUCAAGGAGGAUAUGUUGCCAACGAUACGCAGCUGCUCGGAGGUCUUCGGCAAGAUCACCUCGGAUCGCAGUGCGUUGCGUGGCAUGACUCUAAGUGGGAUACUGGGCAAUCAGCAGGCAUCGCUGUUGGGACAGAUGUGCGUUAAACCCGGUCAGACAAAGAACACAUAUCGUUCCGGUUGUUUUCUACUCUGCAAUACGGGUGAUAAGCCCGUAUUCUCGCGACACGGUCUGCUCACCACAAUCGCCUACAAAUUGGGUCCUCAUGCACCCACCACUUAUGCCCUGGAAGGAUCUGUCUCAGUGGCUGGCCAUGCUCUCUCCUGGCUGCAGCAGAAGGUGCGUCUCCUGCCCGACUCCCGAGAAGCGGAGAAGUAUGCGGAGGCGGUACCCACAUCGGGUGAUGUGUAUUUUGUGCCCGCUUUUACGGGUCUCUAUGCGCCGUAUUGGCGUCAAAAUGCCCGUGGCAUCAUCAUCGGCCUCACGCAAUUCACUCGGAAGAAUCAUAUUGUGCGUGCGGCGCUGGAGAGCAUCUGUUUCCAGACGCGUGACAUUCUGGAGUGUAUGCAUCAGGAAUGUGGCUAUGAGAUCAAUAAGCUCCACGCCGAUGGCAAGUUGACCACAAAUAAUCUGUUGAUGCAGUUGCAAGCGGACACCGCCGGUUUGCCACUGUUCCGGUCGCAGUUGAUGGACUCGACGGCCUUUGGGGCGGCCAUGUGUGCCGCUCAAGCGGAUGGCGUCAAUCUCUGCAAAUUUGACCCGGGGAAACGCUAUUACGAGAACGUCCAUUACGACACAUUUCUGCCCACGACGACGGAACAGGAGCGUGAGGAGCGCUACGGCAAAUGGAAACGGGCCGUGGAGAGGAGUUUAGGCUGGGUCAUCAAGCAGAAGAAGACACCGAAGCACACCGAGGAGAAUUAUCGCAUGGUCUCCUCGCUCCCGGCGAGCAUCUUCCUCAUCAGCAGCUUUGCUAUGUUGGUGCACUCGCUCAAGGCGUAAAUGGUUCUAUGGCUAUCUAUAUUUAUAUAUCAUUAUAAAUGUAUAUGUACUUAUUUAUAUUUUUAAGCCAACAACUCUUCCGAUUUGGCAUCGGCUAAUCGGUUGUGAUAAUGUUUAUUUUAUAGCGGAAUUUACUGUAGCCAGGCACUGUUAAUGUGGCUAACAGAGGUAAUAGCAGCUGCAACAUAUAUGUUAUAUGUAAUAACAUCUGUAAAAUAACAAGUGGCCUGUAACAACAGCUGUACAGGUUUACAUAUAUUAGUUUUUAUGGAAUAACACCUGUAACGUAUUAUGCAACACGUUAUCGAAUAUCGUAUGUUGUGUUAUCUUAUUUUAAAAUUGUAGAGUCUUGGUUCUAAGUAAUUAGUAAUAACAUCUUAAACAUCACAUAUACAGUGUUGCAGAUGUUAUUUUACAGUUGUUAUUGCAGGCCGUUAGCUACAUUACUAGUAAUAUCAACUGUAACAAAACAUGCAACACCAUAUCGUAUAUCACGUUACGAUAUGUUAUCUAACAGUUAUUACAGUGCUCGAACUACGUCCCUAAUUAACUUGUAGCUACAUUAACAGUGACCUGCUUAGAUUACGACUCUGACAUGUAUAUAUGUAUAUACAUAUGUAUAUAGUUUAACUGGUUGAAUUGGUUUUAAAGCAAUCAUGUAAAUAGUUUAUGACACAAACAGGACAUACUCUCUUUUUCCCUCUCUCUUUCUCUCUUUAUGGGUCCUUGUUAUAUUGUUUACUUAACACAUUUAAAUUCAUGUACUUAUCUUAUCGUGUUCUGUGCGGCAUACUUCGAGUGCUAAUUUCGAUUGCUGAUAAACUUCAAGCUUAAUCGAUUCUAGCACAAACACAAACACAUACAGACGUAUAUAUAUAUUUAUUUAUAUCAAUUAAUGUAUAUAGCACAAAUUACUUUGUAUAUUCCCCAUAUAUGUCUAGUUUACGUAGGCUACAAAUAAUAAACGAUUAUAAUAAAAAAUGCAAUUUCUUUGCCAAAGCUAUUAACUUAA